AUGGCCUCAUCCAUCCCGAACACGGAGCUGACCUCUUGCGACGCCCGCGAUGCCGACAGCCCAUCCCACGCGUCUGGCCCAUCUCAAGUAAUCAACACCUCGACGCGUACGGCCGAAACUCGUCAGCCUCGCCAGCCCUCCCCAGCUGCCGCCACCGCACCGCCACGACGUUUCUUCGACCCCUGGAACAGCUCCAGUACAGGCCAUCAGCGCGCUGAGAAUCGCCUCUCUGGUUCUACGUCAUGGCGCGCGUCGCGGAGCCUCAAGCUGGGAGAGCAGUUCAAGGCUGGUAGGGACGGGGGUAGACGGGUCGCCGACACGGUUGGCGCAGGCAGUGAGGAUUUUGGCAAGGAUGGUCGCAAGGACAACGGCAGCUGGGAGAAGGGCGCAAAAGGUCUCAGGACAGGAGGACAGAAGAGCCUGGCCGAGGUAUGGGCUGCGAGCAAGGCAGGCAGGAAGCAGUCCCAACAGAAAGACACCAAAUGUGUUGCCAUGAACGCGCAUGACAUGUCCAACCAUGGGCAGACAAAUGCGCCUCCAGUGUCCUCUGAUGCAGGAACAGAAUCAGAUGCACAUGUCCACAGCGACCUCUCCCAAUCUUCGUCAAAGCCUCCUGAGAACCAGAUCUUCGCCGGACUCUGCUUCUACCUCAACGGCUCGACCGCUCCCCUAGUCUCUGACCACAAGCUCAAGCGGCUCUGCGCCGCUCACGGCGCUAGACACUCGAUAUCACUAGGCCGUCGAACCGUAACGCAUGUCAUUCUUGGAAGAGUAAAUGCAAACGGCGGCGCAGGCGGUGGCUUAGCUGCAACCAAAAUCCAAAAGGAGAUUACCAGGACAGGCGGCAAAGCUGUCAAGUUUAUCAACGCAGAGUGGGUCCUGGACAGUAUCAAAGCGAAUCGGCGCCUCCCAGAGUCACGCUACUCGCCGCUGAAGCUGGCGCCCAGCACUCAAAACAGCAUCUUUGGCAUGAUGGGCGCAGCAAGUUCAAAGCAGGAGCAGGGAUGA